GCUUGUAUUCAUGGCUGCUAACACUUCCACACACCCAACUCAAUGUGCCUUACUGCUACAUUCUCUACAUAGUGUUCCCUCGCCGUCAGCCCUGCUGGCCGAGCGUCAAACUGCUGUCCCACUCUGGAAUAUUCUCCGUCUCUCUCGCAACACGCCAGCUGCAUUAGUUUCUAAUAUUAACAGUCGAGUCACUGAGCCCGAAGGAGAGAGGGGGGACGGGGGGGUCUGGGAGCUUCUAGAAACCUGGUUACAGCUAUAAAAGCAAAGGGCCUGACUCAGUCCAGGCAUUAGUUUAAGAAGAACCACACAGAGGCAAAAGGCUGCCACGAGGAGACUCUGAGAUCCUUCAACAUUUUUGAGCAACAGAGAGAGUUCAUCGCUGAAAGAUUUAUCUAAAGCAACAAGCAAAAUGUCUUCAGCUAAGGGAGUAUCUAUUGGCAUCGAUCUGGGCACCACCUAUUCUUGUGUUGGGGUUUUCCAGCAUGGCAAAGUGGAGAUCAUCGCCAACGACCAGGGCAACAGGACCACCCCCAGCUAUGUGGCCUUUACAGACACCGAGAGGCUCAUUGGAGAUGCUGCCAAGAACCAGGUCGCCAUGAACCCCACCAACACAGUCUUUGACGCCAAACGGCUCAUUGGGAGAAAGUUUAACGACGCCGUCGUCCAGUCUGACAUGAAACUCUGGCCUUUCAAGGUGAUCAGCGAUAACGGAAAGCCCAAAGUCCAGGUGGAGUACAAAGGGGAGACCAAGGCCUUCUACCCAGAGGAAAUCUCCUCCAUGGUCCUGGUUAAAAUGAAGGAGAUCGCUGACGCCUACCUGGGACAGAGCGUGUCAAAUGCAGUCAUCACAGUUCCAGCUUAUUUCAAUGACUCUCAGAGGCAAGCCACCAAAGACGCCGGGGUGAUCUCAGGACUGAAUGUUCUCAGGAUCAUCAACGAGCCCACAGCAGCAGCCAUCGCCUACGGCCUGGAUAAAGGUAAACGAGGAGAGCGCAAUGUGCUCAUCUUUGAUCUCGGUGGAGGCACCUUCGACGUGUCCAUCCUGACCAUUGACGACGGCAUCUUUGAGGUGAAAGCCACCGCGGGAGACACACACCUUGGCGGGGAGGACUUUGACAACCGGAUGGUCAACCACUUUGUAGAGGAAUUCAACAGAAAACAUAAGAAGGACAUCAGCCACAAUAAGAGAGCAGUGAGGAGACUGCGUACUUCUUGUGAGAGAGCGAAGAGGACCCUGUCCUCAAGCACUCAGGCCAGCAUUGAGAUCGACUCUCUGUUUGAGGGCAUCGACUUCUACACCUCCAUCACCAGAGCACGCUUUGAGGAGCUCAACUCGGAGCUCUUCAGGGGAACACUGGAGCCAGUUGAGAAGGCCCUGCAAGAUGCCAGGUUGGACAAAUCAAAGAUCCAUGAAAUCGUCCUGGUUGGUGGCUCCACAAGAAUUCCCAAAAUCCAGAAGCUCUUGCAGGACUUCUUUAAUGGCAGAGAACUGAACAAGAGCAUCAACCCAGAUGAAGCCGUGGCGUACGGCGCAGCCGUCCAGGCUGCUAUCCUAAUGGGUGACACCUCAGAGAAUGUCCAAGAUCUGCUGCUGCUGGACGUGGCUCCCCUGUCUCUGGGCAUUGAGACUGCGGGUGGAGUUAUGACGCCUCUAAUCAAACGAAACACCACCAUCCCCUCCAAGCAGACCCAGAUCUUCUCCACAUAUUCGGACAAUCAGCCAGGUGUGCUGAUUCAGGUGUUUGAGGGUGAGAGAGCCAUGACCAAGGACAACAACCUCUUGGGCAAGUUUGAGCUCACAGGUAUCCCUCCUGCUCCCCGAGGAGUACCACAGGUGGAGGUCACAUUCGACAUCGAUGCCAACGGCAUUCUGAAUGUGUCCGCCGUUGACAAAAGCACCGGCAAAGAAAACAAAAUCACUAUCACCAAUGACAAGGGGCGCCUCAGCAAAGAGGAGAUAGAGCGGAUGGUACAGGACUCUGAAAAGUACAAGGCUGAGGACGAUGUGCAGAGGGAGAAGAUUUCAGCAAAGAACUCACUUGAGUCGUACGCCUACCACAUGAAGAGCAGUGUCGAGGAUGAGAGCAUGAAGGGAAAAAUUAGCGAGGAGGAUAAAAAGAUGGUCGUUGACAAGUGCAACCAGGCGAUCUACUGGCUGGAGAGCAACCAGCUGGCAGAGAAAGACGAGUAUGAGCAUCAGCAGAAGGAACUAGAGAAGGUGUGCAAGCCGGUCGUGACCAAGUUGUACCAGGGAGCAGCACCGUCAGGAAGCCAGGCAGGAGGCAGCUCCAAGGGCCCCACUAUUGAGGAAGUGGACUAAAGCCUAAAGAUAUCAACAUUUUGUUUACAGAAAUACUGUCGCUGUAUCACUGUUGUUUGGUCGCAAAAAAAGAUGUGAUGUCACCCUCUAUUUUCUUGAAUUGUCAUAAUAAAAAUACUUAAAAUGA